AUGGACACUAAACCAACUUCUACAUCUAGAAGCAAACUCUCCAAAACCUUCCACAAAGUCCUCCCUUUCAAAAAAUCAACCAAAUCCCUUUCUAACAAUGGUUUCUGCCUCUUACUCCCACAUGAUAACAAGUUCAAAAACACUGAAACCGACCCUCUCAGGCAUUUCAACAAACACCUGGCGGACGACCCGGUUCACCGCAACCGGGCCGCCAUGGAGGCCUUUGUUGCGAAACUUUUCGCAACAAUAUCCUCCCUUAAGGCGGCCUACGCUGAGCUGCAGGCCGCCCAGUUCCCGUAUAACGGGGAAGCGGUCCAAUGCGCCGAUCAGGGCGUAGUGGACGAGCUUAAGCGAAUAUCCGAAAUGAAGCGAAUGUUUUUGAAGAAACAAGUUGAUGUUUCACAAGCUCAUGUCACUCUAUUGUUAUCUGAAAUAGAGGAACAACAGUCUCUGAUGAAAAUGUACGAGAUUACAAUGAACAAAAUGGAAAGAGAAAUCAAAUCAAAAGAUUUUGAAAUCUCGUCGCUAAAAACCCAACUGUCGGAAAUAACAUCCGUCAACAAAUCUAUCGAAACCAAGCUGAAUUCCAGCGCGUGUUUCCCACUACGGGAUGACGUCACCCUGCAUAACUUAACCCCAACGCAUUUCGUGGACGUGUUGCACUACGCGCUCAGAUCGGUUCGAAGCUUCGUGAAGGUGCUGGUGCGCGAUAUGAUCAACGCGCAUUGGGAUAUUGACGCAGCGGUACAAGCGAUCGACCCGACUAUCAUUUUUGCUAAACCCGCCUACAGUAAUAGUAAUAAUAAAGUUCGGUGGUUUAACCGGUUUAAAAGAAUGAAAUCGGUUACAACACAACAAUUAUUGAAAGAGAAUCCAAAAUCUAUUUUUGGGAAGUUUACACGCGCCAAGUACAUGCGACUGGUGCAUCCAAAAAUGGAAGCGUCAUUGUACGGGAACCUAAGCCAACGGAAAACUUUGAACACGUGGCAGUAUCCGGAUACGGUGUUUUUCGGCGCGUUUACGGAGAUGGCGCGGCGCGUGUGGGUGUUGAGGUGUUUGGCGGCGGCGUUUGAGAAGGAGGUGAGUGUGUUUAUGGUGCGGAAAGGGAGUCGGUUUUCGGAGGUGUUUAUGGAGAGCGUGACGGAUGAGGCGGUGGUUACGGGUGGAGGCGGGGAGGUUCGGGUCGGGUUUACGGUGGUUCCGGGGUUUAAGAUUGGGGACACGGUGGUGCAAAGUCAGGUUUUUGUCCUUCCGGCACGGCGGUGA